AUGACUCUGGUUCGUCCUCCCUUGGUCCGACUUGGAUUCUGUGCCUCCACCGCCUCCCGCCGUGUCUCGCGCACAUCAGCAGUGUUGGCGCCCCCCACUUCCAAAGCCAAAGCCCCUCCAUCUUCUUUUUCUCCCCCCACUACUUCUUCUUCCUUCGCUCUCCUUUCCAGACAGUUCUCUACCACUUCGCCCACCAUGUCUUACACUAUCCGUAAGAUUGCUCAGCCUUACACGCUUGAGCACCGUGUCUACAUUGAGAAAGAUGGCGUGCCCGUCUCUCCUUUCCACGAUAUUCCUCUCUACGCCAAUGCUGAGAAGACCGUCCUGAACAUGGUCGUUGAGAUCCCUCGCUGGACCAACGCUAAGCAGGAGAUCUCCAAGGAGGAAUUCCUCAACCCCAUCAAGCAGGACACCAAGAAGGGCAAGCUGCGCUUCGUCCGCAACUGCUUCCCCCACAAGGGCUACCUGUGGAACUACGGUGCCUUCCCCCAGACCUGGGAGGACCCCAACUCCAUUCACCCCGAGACCAAGGCCAAGGGUGACGACGACCCGCUCGAUGUUUGCGAGAUCGGUGAGCUUGUCGGUUACCCCGGACAGGUCAAGCAGGUCAAGGUCCUCGGUGUCAUGGCUCUGAUUGACGAGGAGGAGACUGACUGGAAGGUCAUCGUCGUUGACAUCAACGACCCCCUCGCUCCCAAGCUCAAUGACAUUGAGGAUGUUGAGCGUCACCUGCCCGGUCUUCUCCGCGCCACCAACGAGUGGUUCCGCAUCUACAAGAUCCCCGACGGAAAGCCCGAGAACCAGUUCGCCUUCUCCGGCGAGUGCAAAAACAAGAAGUACGCUCUGGACGUCAUCCACGAGUGUGCUGAUGCUUGGGACAAGCUCAUCAGCGGCAAGAGCGCUCCUGGUGAGAUCAGCCUCGCCAACUCCCAGAUCGAGGGUUCCGCUGGCUUUGCCGACCAGGCCAAGCUUGCUGCCAUUCCCCGCCACGAGGAGCUCCCUGCUGCUCCUGUUGAUGGAACCAUUGACAAGUGGUUCUUCAUCUCCGGUGCCGCUGUUUAA